UUUUUUUAUCUUCCGUCGUAAUGGCAGACGACGUGUCGGAAGAUAUAUGCGACAGUUGGGAAGAUAUGAUUGAAAAUGGGAUUUUAGAAAAGAAGCUUGAAGAACUGACAGUUAAAGCAGAAGAAAAACCAUCCAAAAAAUACAACGAGGGAAGUGAAAAUCAGUGUGGAGGAGUUCCACAAGUAAUGUUAGAAGAUAGUUCACGAACACCAUAUAUGCCACAAGUUAAGAUUCUGAAACGUCCUUCAGAUGCUAGAUUUGGUGGAAAUGGUGAAAAAUCACCCAAUCGACAACCUGUGAAAACACUACAACAGCGAGAAGCAGAAUAUGCUGAAGCACGACGGAGAAUUUUAGGGUCUGGUCCAAGUGAGGAUGAAACUCAGAAAGUCAUGAUAUGUAGAGAUAUGAUAAACAUCAUUGACAACAAAUGUGAUGGGAGUAAUGUUGUUCGUCAGCCACGAGGUCCAGAUGGAACAUCGGGGUUUGCAUGUCGCAGAUAGCAUAAAUGAAAUAAUAAUAGUAUUUUUUUUUCUAUUCUUCUAAUUGCAGAGAAGUCUAUGUGGUAGUAAUGGUUAGUUUAUACUGCUGUCUUGAAAUGGGUCAGUGGUUUCAAUCUUUCAUGUACUUUUUACUUAUUUCUGUUGAAACUACUACAUUAACUGCUGUCUACUAACAUAUUUAAGUAUAACAUUGGCAAAGAUUUUUUGCAUAAAAUAUUGUAAAAAUAAUGUGUGGUUAUGAGUUUGGUGUAAUUACUGUAAAUUUAUUAUUAUAAGUCUGAUCUUAGUACAUAUCAUGAC